AUGGUCAAGAUCGUAGCUGUGCUCUACACUGCUGGCAAGUACGGCGACGCGCAGCCUCGUCUGCUCGGUACGGUCGAGAACAAGCUCGGUAUCGCUGACUGGCUCAAGGAGCAGGGUCACGAAUUUAUCGUGACUUCCGACAAGGACUCGCCCGAUUCCGAGUUCCGUCAACAUAUCAAGGAUGCGGAAAUCGUUAUCACUACACCUUUCCACCCUGCCUACCUCACCGCCGAGGUGCUCGAAUCAGCCAAGAAUCUCAAGUGCUGUAUCACGGCUGGUGUUGGUUCGGACCACGUGGACCUCGAUGUUGCCAACAAAAGGAAAAUCUCGGUGUACGAAGUGACGGGGUCGAACGUGGUUUCGGUGGCCGAGCAUGUGGUGAUGACAAUUCUCGUUCUGGUGCGCAACUUUGUGCCUGCUAACCGACAGUACCUCGAGGGAGACUGGAACGUGGCCGAGGUGGCUCGCCAGUCGUACGAUCUCGAAGGCAAGGUGGUGGGUACGCUAGGUUCCGGUCGUAUCGGCAGUCGUGUAUUGCAGCGACUCAAGCCUUUCGAUUGUGCCAAGUUGACGUACUACGACUAUCAGCGCAACGCUGUGCUGGAAGAGGAGACGGGUGCUGUACGUGUUGAGGAUCUCAAAGAGUUCCUAUCGGAACUCGACGUGCUGACCAUCAACUGUCCGCUGUACGAAGGGACCAAAGGACUCAUUGAUGCCGAAAAGCUCAGCUGGAUGAAGAAGGGUGCUUGGAUCGUCAACACUGCACGUGGUGCGAUUGUCAACGCCAACGACAUCAAAGCCGCACUUGCCAGCGGUCAGAUUCGUGGCUACGGUGGUGACGUAACCGACCAACAACCGCCACCCAAGAACCAUCCGUUCUACACCAUGAAUGCAAACCACGACAACAUCCCCUAUACACACGGCAAAGGAGGUGUUGCCAUGACUCCUCACAUCUCAGGCACCUCAAUUGACGCUCAAGCUCGCUACGCCGCCGGAGUCAAGCAGAUCCUCACCAACUACUUCAGUGGUACCCCGCAGACCCCCGCCAAUAUCAUUGUCGAGGCCGGCGAAUAUGCUACCAAGGCGUACGGCCAGCGCAAGUAA